UUAUAACAUCUCCCCACAUAUAAACACAUUUAUCGUUUGGGUUAACAGUCAUUGCAUUUGCAUGAAAACCAUUGACAUGUUUUAACACUUAUGUGUGCCAUUUAAUUACCAAACCUCUAACAGAUGCAAUUCAGUAUCACAACACAAGCGUUUUAAACGUUGUACUGAACCACAACAACUGUCCUCUAUGUUUGGUGUUUUGCUAUGACACAUGACAUGUACAUGAAGUACAUGAAGUUAAUCUUAACAAGAGCAGCCCCGUCCGCCUACACUUUGUCUUACCCUUUAUCUUCCUGUUGUGGUUUUCAGUGGAUGAUGAUUCUGGGGGGGAAGGUUUCAUUUGUCAAACUGCAAGUGAAGCGCAUCACACGUACAACAUCUAGAUGCAUUUAUGGAGACUUUAAUUUAUUAGUUACACAUGAUAAUAAAAUGUUAAUUUAGCUGGAUAAGACGGCGGCCUUGCUCACAAUGCCUAGAUGUUAUGUUCAUGUUUGUCUCUUUCUGUUUACUAUUUUUGUGAGAGAAACUCUUGGAGUCACAGUGCAGACAGGAUUAUACAGUCGAGUUGAGCUGACAGGAGAAAACCUGGAUAAUCAUACUGACCUGGAGUCAGUGGAAUGGAUCAACCUAAACAAAUCCUGUCUUUGUCUUAACUUUGUUAAACAGAAUGGUAACAUAACAAACUACAGUCAAUGCUGUGGAAAAGCUCAUUACUAUUUGAGCAAUAACACUCUCAUUUUAGAGAAUGUGACAGCACAGGUUGAAGGAGUCUUUAUGGGAAAAACUAUAUUUAAUAAAAGUGGAAUUACAAAGCAAUUCAACAUUACAUUAUAUAUUGUAUAUCCACCAAAUGCAACAGGAAUUGGGGUCACCUGGACGUCCAACACAUCAGUGUCUCUCACAUGUGAAGUGACCGCGACAUUUACACACAUAAUGUGGAAGAGAGAAGAUUCUCCCAUUCUAGAAGACACCAGACACUCAUUGAGCGAAAACAACCAGACUCUAAACAUCAGCAAUAUGACCAGUUCAGAUGAUGGAAAAUACAGUUGUGUGGCGACAAAUGCAUAUGGAAAAUCAGAAACGCACACAAAUGUUACCUGGAAAACCACAACUCAUCCCCCAAGACAAGAUAACAGCACUUUGACUAUACAUCAGAUUUUGUUUCCAAGUGGACUCUCAAUCAUCACCAUUUUGGGGCUGUCUACUGUGAUCUUCUGCAUUAUCAAAUACUGUCACUGCCGCAGAGGGGAAAAUGACAAAGCUACAGCAGGGGACGCUAACAUUGACCUUCGAAUUUAUGAGGAAAUACCUGGUAUUGGAGAGGUGGUUCCUUUGCCAUGCGUCUACAAAGACUUCAUUAAACCACGGCAGGACCAUCAGGACUCAGCUGCAGCAAAGCACGUUGAGGAUUUUGGUUACUCUGAGAUUGGACCAACAUGCAAUACUACAACUAUUUUGUAUCCCAUCAGCUCAGAUGAAGAGUUCAGGUCGUGUCCUGAUGCUGGGGUAGAAGUGACAGCGGAUAAGAUUAAUGUAUCUGAAGCAACCCACAUCAGCGACAACUCAUCUAAGCUUGAGGAAAAACAAGCAGUACAGCUUGAUCAACCACAAGAUGAAGGCAAAUUAGUCACUUAAUCUGUUUCCUCUCUUGAACUUUAUACUUGCUGUGUCCUUCCUGGUGCUAUGGUCUUGUAGUCGUAAUAAACACUUAGGCUUUGAAAGUCAUGUUAAAUAGAUGUGCACAGUGCAAGAAGUCAGAAACAGUCCAUUAAUGAAUGCCAUAGACUUUGAUUAAAUAAAUGCCAUUUGGGGUAUUUGGGAGAGCAAAUGUGGUUUGUCUUGCAUGUCAGACUCUAACUAAUGCGGAAAGGCAAAUCUUCAUGUCAGCGAUGUGAGGUUUUCAACAACAUUUUAUACAUUUUGCCCACUGACUUUGAAAGCUGAAUUGUGUGUCUUUUAUUAAAGCAGGAGCAGAUUAACAUACUUUUUUUGCUUGUGUUAAGUAAAAAUUCACUAAUUUUUUAUUUAUUUUUUGUCUAAAAACUAGACUUAUUUUCUUAGGUAAUUUUGCUUAUCCGGAAAUCUUAAUUUAAGAAUUUGUAGAAAUGCAUACAGAAAACAAGACAAAAAUACUACGUCAUUUUUUGCAGUGUACACUUUUACCACAAAAAAGUGGAUAAUUUUCUUUAAUUACCCAGAAACACCUGUUCCUCUCCUCCAGGUGCACCCAUUUAUUUAUUUAAAUAUGCUGCCACCUAAUGGUCAAUCACAGUAUCGUCAUUUGCUAUUGCAUUAUGUAUUUGAGGACUGUGUGUUUAUUACUGUAAUGAAUGAUGUUGUAAACUGGGCAAAGUGUGAGAAAACUGGACAUACCUGUUAACAAGAUGUGAAUUUACCUGCUCCUUUUCAUUCUCUACUGAAUUGAAAAAAUUGCAGGUUUUAGUUUUGAAUUCCUGUAAAUUAUUAUUAUAGUAUUAUGCAAAAUUGGUUUUCUAUUUAGUAAAAAAGUUGGAAUGUUAAAGUUUGUGUGUUUUUAACUUUCUUGAUUCUGUAAUACCUAUGAUACUAAAGACAUCUAUAAACCAGUGCACUCUGAAACAAACAUUGACAAAACUUACAUUUAUAAGACAAAAUAAUUUCUCGUCAGCUUGCAGGCUGUGAGGGAAACUAAACGUUGGCUAUUUUAGGCUGUUUAACCCCAACUUCCUUUUCAGUGAAAAUUAUCUAGAAAAUUAUUUAUGGAGUGGCAUGAGAACUAUGUGGGUGGCAACACUGGCGAGCACCUCUGCAUGGUUCACGUGGGUUCAAGAAAUGAUAUACAUAUUUGGUUUAUACACUGGGGCGCAUAUAUUUGUAUGUGUAAUUGACUUAC